AUGCAGGGGUGGUUCUCCGGCGGUGCUGAGGAGGAGGCGAAGCCUGCCUCGUCGUUACUCGCCGAUUGGAAUUCCUACGCGGCCCAAUCCUCCCAGGACGCCUCCAAUUUGGGCCUCUCCUUCGAUCUUGAAUCCGCCGUCAGGUCCGCCAACGACACCGUUUCCGGCACCUUCAGCGUAGGGAAGUUUGAUGCACAACCAGAUUCAUGCCAGGCUGACUCAACCGUCAUUUCUCCCCACCACCACCCUCAUUGCUGUGUUUUCAUUGUGGCAUUUUCAUACCUUCUGCCAGCUGCCACCACUGAUACUCCACCAUCGUCAUUUGUUGCCCUAUUUGGUACUGACAUUGGAGAGUCUCCUCCACUUGCUGUAUUCAUCUCAUUGUCCUCUACUGGAUCUGUGGUACUCUCUGCCAUUCAAUCUUUCCUUCAAUGUGUCCCUUUGAAAGUGUACUCCUCUCAACUUGAAAAGUUGGAUUGGAUGGGAGCAAAGGACGUAGGCUUGUGUAUCCAAUGCCAUACUAGAUAUGCAGCAUUUUCUAAUCUGCCAUUCAAUCCUUGGCUGGUGUCCGUCUCGGAGUUUGUGAUUCAUAUUCAUGUGAUGGUUUCUAAAGGUGUGAGAGAUCUACCCGGCAACUUCCAGUCUGCAACGAGUAGUGUGCCUUCUGGCAAAUCACUUGUGUAUUUUGGUUUGCUUCUGGCAAGUGGAGUCUUCUUUGUUUUCUUAUCAUUUACAUUAUUCCUACCCGUCAUGGUGGUUAUGCCCCAAAAGUUUGCUAUAUGCUUUACACUUGGUUGUGGAUUUAUUAUCGGAUCAUUCUUUGCUCUCAAGGGUCCCAAAAAUCAGCUUACACACAUGUUAUCAAGGGAGAGGCUCCCUUUCACAUUGGCCUUUUUAGGCAGUAUGAUUGGUACCAUAUAUGUAUCAAUGGUGCUUCACAGCUACAUCCUCUCUGUGGUAUUCUCUGUUGUGCAGGUUCUCUCACUUGGCUAUUAUUCUAUAUCAUACUUUCCUGGUGGAUCUGCUGGAAUGAAGUUUCUGACUUCUGCUCUUACCUCUUCAAUAAUGAAAUGUUUUGGGCGGUGA